GUUUGAUGAACCAGUUAUUACACAAUUGACAAAUAAACCUGAUAUGUUUAUAAGCAACAUUAGAAGGAGUUUGCCCAAGUACUUUUCACAAGGAUUGUUGGGGAAUUUUUAACGAGAUGUGAAAUGGAGAAGUAUCUGACACCUCAGCUUCCUCCAGUUUCUAUAAUUCCAGAGCAUAAAAAGUAUAGACGAGACAGUGCCUCAGUCGUAGACCAGUUCUUCACUGACAGUGAAGGGUUACCUUACAGUAUCAACAUGAACGUCUUCCUCCCUGACAUCACUCACCUGAGAACUGGCCUCUACAAAUCCCAGAGACCGUGCGUAACACACAUCAAGACAGAACCUGUUACCAUUUUCAGCCACCAGAGUGAAACGACUGCCCCUCCUCCGGCCCCAACCCAGGCCCUCCCUGAGUUCACCAGUAUAUUCAGCUCACACCAGGCCGCAGCUCCAGAGGUGAACAAUAUUUUCAUCAAACAAGAACUUCCUACACCAGAUCUUCAUCUCUCUGUCCCCCCGCAGGGCCACCUGUACCAGCUGCUGAAUACACCGGAUCUAGAUAUGCCCAGUUCUACAAACCAGACAGCAGUCAUGGACACUCUUAAUGUUUCUAUGUCAGCCGCCAUGGCAGGCCUUAACACACACACCUCUGCCGUUCCGCAGACUACGAUGAAACAAUUCCAGGGCAUGCCCCCUUGCACAUACACAAUGCCAAGUCAGUUUCUUCCACAGCAGGCCACUUACUUUCCCCCGUCACCACCAAGCUCAGAGCCUGGAAGUCCAGAUAGACAAGCAGAGAUGCUCCAGAAUUUAACCCCACCUCCGUCCUAUGCUGCGACAAUUGCUUCUAAACUGGCAAUUCACAAUCCAAAUUUACCUGCCACCCUACCAGUUAAUUCGCAAAACAUCCAACCUGUCAGAUACAACAGAAGGAGUAACCCCGAUUUGGAGAAACGACGCAUCCACUACUGCGAUUACCCUGGCUGCACAAAAGUUUAUACGAAGUCUUCUCAUUUAAAAGCUCACCUGAGGACUCAUACUGGUGAGAAGCCAUACAAAUGCACCUGGGAAGGCUGUGACUGGAGGUUCGCACGCUCUGAUGAGCUGACGCGCCACUACCGGAAGCAUACCGGGGCCAAGCCAUUCCAGUGCGGGGUGUGCAACCGCAGCUUCUCCCGCUCCGACCACCUGGCCUUGCACAUGAAGAGGCACCAAAACUGAGCUGCGGCGAGGGCCUGCGUGCCUAUGCAGUCACGCUGAUGGUCUGCAGUUCACUUGGCAAAAUUUUAACUACAAACUUAACUAUAUAUAUAUAAAAAGAAAAAGCAAAAAACUGGAAAUGUAUAUUUUGUAUAUUUGAAAAAACAGGGAGUACAUUGUAUUAAUGCCAAAGUGUUUGGUCCUUUUAGGAAUCUGGAAUGCUUGCUGUAAUGUAUAUGGCUUUACUCAAGCAGAUUUCAUCUCAUGACAGGCAGCGCAUCUCAGCGUGGGUAGGGGGGUGGGGGUGCAAUGUGUGUUUGCAGCGUUUUUACCUAAGCACCAUCAUUUAAUGUGACUGUGUUUAGUAAACAAGUCAGUUGGCAGGCUGAAGGAAGAAGGCUGGAUUGUAUGUCAAGAUUUUACUUGACAUCAAGUUGUUUUCAAUAAUAGAAUAAUUCCUUAGAGGUGUACACAGCGUACCUGGCAAUUCACAAAUAGCCAUUGAACAAAUAAGUGUUUGUUUUGUUUUUUUUUUUUUUAUGAGUUGCCUAUAUUUGCUAUUCAAAAUUUUGUAAAUAUGCAAAUCAGCUUUAUAGGUUUAUUACAAGUUUCCUAAGAUUCUUUGGGGGAGAAAUCAUAAGUAAUUUGAAAAUAACCAUGAAUACAUUUACAGUUAAAUUUUGUUGUAAGAUACCUCUUAAAAAACCUAUUAAAUUCAUUUCUUUAGGGGGAAAGAUAAUCAUCAUUCAAAUGAACUUAAAAAGCAGAUUUAAUGCACUGAUUAAAAUGGGAUUUAUUUUAAAUAUGAAAGAGUUUUAUAUGAAUUGUGAACUCAAGAGCUUAAAGAUAGUUACAAUAUAUGAAAGUUAAACCUCUUAAAAUAAGCUAAACAGUAUCAUUUUACAGGCGGAGGACUUAUGUAGUUUUCACAUGGCAAUGUUGAAUUUAUGAUGCAGUUUUCAUGUAUGAAAACGUUGAAUUUAUCAUGCAGUUAUUUGUUCAUGCAGUACUGUUGGUUAAAUGCCAGUUUAAGUGGAUUUUGCAUGUAAUAUACAGUGACACAGUAAUUUUUCCUAAAUUACAGUGCAGUUUAGUGUAUCUAUUGUUCAUAUUGACUCAGUGUCUACCUUUAAUUACAAAUGACAUGUUGAAAACUUAAGGAAGCAAGUACUGCAUAUAUGCAACAUAAAAUAGUAAUGUGAUGCUGAUGCUAUUAACCAAAGGGCCGAAUAAAUAAGCAAAAUGCCAAAAGGGGUCUUAAUUGAAAUGAAAUUUUAAUUUUGUUUUUAAAAUAUUGUUUAUUUAUUUUGUGCUAAUAUAGUAAGUUUUUUUAGAAAAUUUUCAUAACUUGAUAAAUUAUAGUUUUGUUUGUUAGAAAAGUUGCUCUUAAAACGUGUAAAUAGAUGACAAGUGGUGUAAAUAUUUUGUAAGCGGCUUCAAAUGUUUAUACGUGGAACUUAUCUACAUGAAAAGCUAAAAUCGGUUGCUGUUUUGCUUCUUUUUCCCCUCUUAUUUUUGUAUUGUGGUCAUUUCCUAUGCAAAUAAUGGAGCAAACAGCUGUAUAGUUGUAGAAUUUUUUUGAAAGAAUGAGAUGUUUAUAUAUUAAUGACAAUUUUUUUUGGAAAAUAAAAAGUGCCUAAAAGAUU